AAGAUUAUAAAGCAAUAUUUGCCAAGGAUAAAUAUGACAUAGGAACCGUAAAAGAUUAUGAAGCAAGAAUAGAUCUUUUAGUGGACAAAUUUUGUACCAAAAGAGCAUACAGAUGUACAAUUUAGGAGAGGAAAGAAAUAGAACAGCAUGUGGCAUAACUAUUGAAAAAUAAUUUAAUUGAAGAAUCAUGUAGCCCUUUUCUGCACCGGUGACUCUAGCAUUAAAAAAAGGUGAAGGAAAGACUAGACGAUGCAUCGAUUUUAGAAUUUUAAAUAAAAUUGUAAUACCCCAGCCUCAACCUAUUCCGUUAAUUCAUGAUCUGAUAAUUAAAGCUAGUAAUCGUAAAUAUUUUACAUCACUAGAUAUAAAUUCAGGAUUUUUGUCGAUACCACUAAGGGUAGAGGAUAGAAAACUCAAGCUGCAAGUGUUUUUAUAAAAAUAGUUCAAAAUACAUUAGUAAUUAGCAAGAUAGAUAAAAUACUAACCGAUCAAAUCCAGGUCUCAACUCUAGAGAAUUUAAAAAUUAUAUAAUAGACCAAAACAUCAGACUUAUUUAUACAACCUUAAAAGCACCCUUUUCAAAUAACCUAAAUUAUAGAAUAAACCAAACAAUAGUUAAGAAAAUAAGAUGUAGAAUUAAUGAAUCUAAAGAAAAUAAAGCUUGGACAACAGUAGCAAGAGAAUGUGUUGAUAAAUAUAAUAUAACAGAGCACUCUGUAACAGGUUUUACACCACAAUAUUUAUUAGACGGAACUAACACAAAUUUGCUACCAGAAGAACUAAAACAAUAUAGAAGUUCAAAUGACUGGAAAAAAUAUAGAAAAUUAGCGCUACAAAAUACUAUAAAAUCGCAUAAAUAUAACAAACAAUUAUUUGACAAGAACAGAAAAGAACAUGAAUACAAUACAGGUAAUUUAGUAUAUGUUGAAAACGGAAAUAGAUUAAAUAGGCAAAAACUAGAUGAACUCAGAAUUGGACUAUUCGAAAUAACGGAGAAGAUAUCAAACACAAUAUUAAGGAUCAAAACCAGAAAAAGAAAUGAGGAAACAGGAUUAUUUCACAUAACAAAAUUAAUACCAGAAUAG